AUGUCUGUUGCCGGUCGCAAGUUCCUUACCUCGAUCAACUGGCCCGUGGUCAGCUCUGUUCUGUCGAAGCACACCGAGAUCACCAAGUCUCUUGGAUCGUUCCGCAAGGCGUACGAGGAGGCCGAGCGCCAGCUCACGGUGCUGAAGGAGGCUGACCGCCCCGUGGACUUUGCGCACUACCGCAGCGUGCUGAAGAACAAGGAGAUCGUCGACAAGCUGGAGAAGCUUGCCAACGCGCAGAAGGUGGCCAAGGUCGACCUUGCUGAGCAGCUCAAGACCAUUGCGGCGUUCGAGGCCAAGGCUGUUGCGUCGGCGGAGCUGUACGUCAAGGAGACCGAGGCCAACCUGAACAUCGAGACCGCCCGCCCGAUCACCCAGCUCACGGUCGACGAUGUCGUCAAGGCCAAGCCCGAGGUUGUCCAGCGCACGGAGGAGAUGGUCAAGAAGGGCCAGUUCACUGUCGAGGGCUACGACGAGAGGUUCCCGAACCUGUCGCUUCUCUAA